AUGGAGCUUGUGUUGCUUUUGGGCGCAACUGUGCUUUUGCUGUGUCUGUGCUUGCUCAAGUGUCGCAGCAACUUGACAGCGCCUUUACCUCCAGGACCUCCUCGUCUUCCUCUCGUUGGAAACCUGCACCAACUGGACAAGAGAGCGCCUUUUAAAACUUUCCUCGAGCUGAGUAAGCACUACGGACCUGUCCUCACCGUGAAUUUGGGCUGGCGCAGAGCCGUUGUCCUGGUCGGUUUCAACACCGUCAAGGAAGCACUUGUGGACCAAGCAGACGAUUUCACCGGAAGAGGACCGUUUCCGUUCCUGGUCCGGGCCACCAAAGGCUAUGGUUUGGCCGUCAGCAAUGGCGAGCGCUGGCGCCAGUUGCGUCGCUUCACCCUGACAACCCUGCGGGAUUUUGGGAUGGGCCGCAAGGGGAUGGAGGAGUGGAUCCAGGAGGAGAGCAAACAUCUGGUGGCCCGUUUCGACGCCACCAAAGCCAUGCCCUUUGACCCGAGCUACUUCUUGAGCUGCAGCGUGUCCAACGUGAUCUGCUGCCUGGUGUUUGGUCAACGCUUUGCCUACGACGACGAGCACUUCCUGCACCUCCUGCAGAUCAUCUCUGAGACCAUCAGAUUCGGCAGCAGUCCCUUCGGGCAGCUGUACAACGUUUUCCCUCGGUUGAUGGAGUGGCUGCCUGGAAAGCACCACAAAAUCUUUGCCGGGAUGGAAGAGCUGAGAGCUUUUAUCAUGGAGAAGAUUGAGGAGCACCGCAACACACUGAGCCCGGGGUGUCCUAGAGAUUACAUCGACUGCUUCUUAACCAGACUCGAUCAGGAGAAACACCUCUCCACCACUGAGUUCCACUACAACAACUUGGUGUCCACUGUGCUGAAUCUGUACCUGGCAGGAACAGAAACCACCAGCUCCACCAUCCGAUUCGCCCUCAGUGUGCUCAUCAAAUAUCCUAAAGUCCAAGAGAGCAUGCAGCAGGAGAUUGACGCUGUGAUCGGACGGCGUUGUCCCAACAUGGAGGAUAGGAAGUCCCUCCCCUUCAGUGACGCCGUUCUCCACGAAGUCCAGCGUUUGAUGGACAUCGUGCCCAUGAGCCUCCCUCACUACGCCCUUCGGGACAUCUCCUUCAGGGGAUACAUCAUUCCGAAGGACACACUCAUCAUCCCCUUGUUACACUCGGUGCUCAAGGAGGAGAAGCAGUGGGCCACACCGUGGAGCUUCAACCCUCAACACUUCCUGGACCACAAUGGCAACUUCAAGAAUAAUCCGGCGUUUCUUCCAUUCUCCGCAGGGAAAAGGGCCUGCGUCGGGGAAUCGUUGGCUCGCAUGGAGAUUUUCCUCUUCAUGGUGUCACUCCUGCAGAACUUUGUCUUUUCUCACAACGGCGGACCGGACAGCGUGGACUUGAGUCCCGAGUACAGCAGCUUUGCCAAUGUGCCGCGCAGGUACAAGAUUGUUGCAACGCCUCGCUCUUGA